CCUGUGCCCUCCACCGAUACCCAUGUGUUGAGGGCCGAAACCUCUGCUUGAGAAGCGAUGACUUCAGUGACGGUGUGCUUCAGAAUUUGGAAGUCGCUGGCUGAGAGACGAAGCUUGUGUUGCUGAAGUCUGUAUCCGGCUCACCAGGCGCAGGACUAUUGGAUGGGCGAGCUGUAGAGCAAGUUCAGUCACCAAUUGGGUUUGGAUAUAUCCCGGCAACUGAGCCCGGCAAUGCCGCUGGCAAUAUAAUCAUCAUAUCUCCCCUACCCUUCUCCCCCUGCUCCUCCUCUGUUGUUCGUCCCUUAGAGUGAUCUGAGCAACAUCACCAACCCUUGCCGUUUCUAGUAUGUGCCAUAUCCUCCGGCGAUUCCUAAGCGCCAGUGGCAAGAGUAGCGUCCUAUCAUCAUAUCUAUGGAUGCUAGUCUGCGACAAUUGCCGGCAGAGACGCUCCCAAUCCCAUUGGCCGCAAUUACCUUUCUCGUAAAUGAGGUGAUUGUCGAGAGCGGGGAGCCAAGGGAAGGUAGUAGGGCUGAUGAGGGCCUCGCGCCACCAGGCGGCGUCGUGUAUAUAAGUGCAUUUCAAAGCUGCGUCUUGAAAAUUCUGGAGAUCAUCUUCUUUUUCGUCGGUCGUGUUUGGGAGGUUAAGCAGGACCGCUGUAGAGAUGUUUUGUGUGUUUGUAUGUAUGACCGUUGAUUGUUUGGUUGAAAAGUGCAAUCAUAGGAAGACUUGGAGGAAGUGGCUGCAGGUUUUGUAAAAUCAAAGAAGUAAAGUCUGAGAUCUGAAUUGGAUUUUGCAUUAGUAACUCACCAUCCUCGGGGCUAUCCUGCGGCUCCCAAGAUAUGUUUCGACAUCUGUAACCCCCAAAAUAGUCAUGCGGCUCUGGCAAUUGCCAGGUCCGGCUAGGGGGGUUUGAUGCUGGUAGCCGACGGUACAGGACAUCCCUCAGCAGCCUGAUUGACG